AUGGCGACAAGUGCACCGGGUCAACUCGAAAGUCGCCUUUUCUACGUUGUAGACCGUGUGUCAGGCAGACGCUUUCUCAUAGAUACCGGUGCCGAUGUCAGCGUUAUGCCCGCUAGCAAAGCCCAUCGCAGCCGACAACCGUGUUUCACCCUACGCGCCGCCAACUCCACCACCAUCCCGGUAUUUGGCCAGCAGUCCCUCACUUUGAACCUGGGCCUACGACGAGACUUCCGAUGGAUUUUUCACGUAGCCGAUGUCUCACAGGCCAUAAUUGGUCCUGACUUUCUCACGUACUUCGGACUCCUCGUUGACGUCGCUCGGAAACGCCUUAUCGACGCCACCACCCAUCUUCAGGUUCACGGCAUCCGGCAUCGCAUUCCACCCUGCCACAGCCUUUCUUACUGUGCGCCGGCGUCGCCCUACUCCCAUAUUCUGGAAGACUUCCCUGAGCUCACCAAGCCCCCCGACUGGACUCGCCCGGUCAAGCACGACGUCGUACACCACAUUGUCACUCAAGGCCCGCCCGUUCACUUUCGCCCGCGUCGCUUGGCUCCCGAAAAGAAAGUUCUCCAUCGCUAA